CUCUCUCGCGCAUGCUCCAAAAAGCUACUCCUCCCCUCCCCUGCUCCGCUCGGCUUUCCCCCCCUCGCCUAGGGUUUCCAACCCCCAUGCCUCUCCCGGAACCCUAGCAUCCUCCUCCUGCCCGCCGUCCUCGCCGCUGCAGCCGCCUCCGGCCAUGGCCGCUGCCGCCGGCGCCGGGGCCACCGACUACUCCUUCGCGGCGGAGUACGACGGCCCGCCGCUCCCUUACUCGCUCCCGCGCGCCAUCCCGCUCGACCUCUCCCGCAUCCCGAUCGCCGCGCUCUCCUCCUCGCCCCCGGGCUCCCCCUCCGCGUCCUCUUCCACGCUACCCGUAGUCCGCCCGCUCACCCCGUCCUCCCUCUGCUCCGCCAUCCACCCCCGCGCCCACCCCGCGCCCCGCUCCGCCGCGCCCGCCCCCGCCGCGGGGGGAGCCGUGGUGGACUCCCCCACCUCCGUCAUCGAGAACCACCACGCCGCCGCGCACCAUUCCGCUGAGCUCCCACCCUCCUCCCCCUCCGACGACGAGGGCGACGGCGACGGUGGGGCCCCGGCUCUGCCGCCGAAGCCCCGCCACCUGGCUGCGGUUACCUUCGCCGAGACCAGCGGCUCCCUCCUCCACUCCUCCGACGAUGAGGGCGAGUACGAGGAGGAGGAAGAGGAGGAGGAGGACGAUGCCGCCGCGGGGGCGGCCCUCCCCCGCGCCGCUGCCGGCCAGUCGAGCGGCUCCCUCUCGCCCGCGCACUGGAGGGGCGGCAGGUCCCGCGGCUGCUACAGGUGCGGGAAAGGGGGCGGCUUCUGGGGCCGCGACAAGGAGUCGUGCCUCGCCUGCGGGGCGCGGUACUGCGCGGGCUGCGUGCUCCGGGCGAUGGGCUCCAUGCCGGAGGGGCGCAAGUGCCUGGACUGCAUCGGCCGGCCCGUGGCCGAGUCCAGGCGGGAUGCGCUGGGGCGAGGGUCGCGCGUGCUGCGGCGCCUGCUCAGCGCCGCGGAGGUGGAACUGGUCAUGAGGAGCGAGCGAGAGUGUGCCGCGAACCAGCUGCGGGCGGAGGACGUGUACGUCAACGGGUCAAGGCUGUCGCCGGAGGAGCUCGUGGUGCUGCAGGGGUGCCCGUGCCCGCCUUCCAGGCUCAGGCCGGGCUUCUACUGGUACGACAAGGUGUCCGGCUUCUGGGGGAAGGAGGGACACAAGCCCCAUUGCAUAAUCAGUGCAAAUCUCAAUGUUGGAGGUUCACUAGCUCAAAAGGCAAGCAACGGAAACACCGGAAUAUUGAUUAAUGGACGAGAGAUUACCAAGUCUGAACUGCAAAUGCUUAAGUUGGCUGGGGUCCAAUGUGCUGGGAAACCUCAUUUUUGGGUGAAUGCUGAUGGGACUUACCAAGAGGAAGGCCAAAAAACUGUUAAAGGGAAGAUCUGGGAUAAGCCUAUAGUGAAGCUUCUUAGUCCUGUCCUGUCAUUGCCAACUCCAAACAAAGCAACUAAUCAAUGUGGUGAAGAAGCUGCUCACAUGGUAAAUCGAGCUAUUCCUGACUACCUGGAGCAAAGGACUAUCCAGAAGCUUUUGUUGGUUGGGUCAGGGGCAAGCAGCAUACUCAAACAGGCCAAGUUCUUGUACAAGAGCAAACCAUUUUCAGUGGAUGAGCGUGAAGAUCUGAAACUUGUCAUACAAAGCAACAUAUACAACUACCUUGGUAUAUUACUUGAAGGCCGUGAGCGGUUUGAAGAUGAAGCUUUAGCUGAUAGAAGAAGAAACAGUCAGCAUGACCCUUCUAGCUCUGGCCGCUGUGAAUCUGGGUUCUCUGAUGAAGUUACUGAAUACUCCCUUAUUCCACGCUUGAAAGCAUUCUCUGAUUGGAUUCUUAAGGCAAUGGCUUUAGGUAACCUUGAAGACAUUUUCCCUGCAGCUAGUCGUGAAUAUGCACCACUUGUUGAGGAACUAUGGAAAGAUCAUGCUAUUCAAGCUACAUAUAAACGAAGAAGUGAACUGCCAUUCCUUCCACCUGCUGCCAAUUAUUUUCUUGACAAGGCUGUUGAUAUUUCUAGAACUGAAUAUGAGCUCUCUGAUAUCGAUAUACUGUAUGCUGAUGGAAUUACAUCCUCGGAUGGGCUAGCAUCAACAGAAUUCUCUUUCCCACAGAUGUCUUUGGGUGGACAGGGCGCUGAUGAGCCUGAUCCACAAGACACCUUGCUAAGGUACCAGCUGAUCAGGAUAAACAACAGAGGUUUGCAUGAGAACUGCAAAUGGCUGCAAAUGUUUGAUGAUGUGAGGCUUGUUAUCUUCUGUGUUGCUGCUAACGACUAUGAUGAGUACUAUGAGGAUGCAAAUGGCACCAUUGUCAACAAGAUGAUAGAGAGCAGGCAGCUGUUCGAGAGCAUUGCCCUUCAUCCAACAUUUGAGCAAAUGGAUUUCCUCCUCCUACUCACCAAGUUUGAUCUCCUAGAGCAGAAGAUUAACAGCUCCCCUCUAACAUCGUGCGAUUGGUUCGAUGACUUCACUCCCCUGAUCAGCCGCAACCUGCUCAACGGCAGCAGCAGGAGCACCCGGAGCAGCCAGACCGGCGCGACGCUGGCCCAGAUGGCCGCGCACUACAUGGCGACAAAGUUCAAGAGGCUGUUCGGCUCCCUCACGGGGCGGAAGCUCUACGUGUCGUACGUGAACGCGCUGGACCAGGAGUCGGUCCGGUCCGCGAUCCGCUACGGCCGGGAGAUCAUCAAGUGGGAGGAAGAGAAGCCCGUGUUCGGCGCCAGCGAGACUGUUUACAGCGAGGAGCUGAGCACCUUCACCCACUGACCUGACCCCCCAUAACCUUUGCUGUGUGCAGAGAAGAGGUGUAAAUAUCUGUGCAUUUCGCCAUUUCUUAGAGUUGUUGCCCCCCAUUCCUUUUGUUCGUAGCUGAUCAUUGCUUGUAUGGCUGUUAGUUGUUUUGCAAGUAGAAUGAUGAGGUGCGCAAAGACCGGCCCAUUCUGAUUCUUGUAAAUUGUAUUAUGAGUUGCCUGCAUUUUAUUUGAUGCAUUCCUCCCAAGAGUAUGCAUCCUCCA